AUGUUGUGGUUUCUUCUAUUGCUCCCUACACUUUGCUGGAGCCAGCGUUCAGAGCCGAUGUUCUCAGCAGUUACCAAGUCCCUGCUUCCUCCGGACUACGAGAACAACCCCACCCAACUCAACUAUGGUGUCGCUGUCACUGACGUUGAUGGGGAUGGAGACCUGGAGGUGUUUGUUGCAGGUUACAAUGGUCCUAACCUGGUGCUGAAAUACGACCAGCAGAGAAGGAGACUUGUCAACAUUGCAGUGGACAAUCGCAGCUCCCCGUUUUACGCCCUGAGAGACCGCCAAGGCAACGCUAUUGGCGUAACAGCGUGUGACAUUGACGGAGACGGCCGGGAGGAGAUUUACGUACUUAACACCAAUAACGCCUUUUCUGGUCGCGCAACAUACACUGACAAACUGUUCAAGUUCCGGAACGGACGAUUUGAGGAUCUGCUGAAUGACGACAUUAAUGAACACAGGGAUGUGGCCAAUCGUAUGGCCGGACGUUCAGUGGCCUGUGUGGACAGAAAGGGCACAGGACGUUAUGCCAUCUACAUAGCAAACUAUGCCAGCGGCACCGUGGGCCCACAUGCGCUUAUUGAGAUGGACGAGGCAGCAAGCGACCUUUCGCAAGGCGUCAUCGCCCUCUCUAACGUGGCUGAGCAGGCGGGAGUCAACAAAUUCACUGGAGGCCGAGGUGUGGUCGUGGGGCCCAUUGUGAGCCAGAGCUACUCUGACGUCUUUUGUGACAACGAGUACGGACCCAACUUCCUGUUCCGAAACAACGGAGAUGGAACUUUUACUGAUGUGGCGCAGCAGGCUGGUGUGGAGGACCCCAUGCAGCACGGCAGAGGCGUAGCUCUUGCCGACUUCAACCGUGAUGGAAAGACUGACAUCGUUUACGGCAACUGGAAUGGACCUCAUCGUCUUUACAUGCAACUUAACAACCGUAAGCAGAGGUUCAAGGACAUAGCCUCGCAGAAGUUUUCCAUGCCAUCUCCGGUCCGCACCGUUAUUGCAGCAGAUUUUGACAAUGACAACGAGUUGGAAGUCUUUUUCAAUAACAUUGCUUACAGGGGGCCCUCGGCCAACAGACUCUUUAGGGUGAGCAGGCGAGAGCAUGGAGACCCUCAGAUAGAGGAGCUGAAUGUUGGUGAGGCUUCAGAGCCAGAAGGACGAGGAACUGGGGCUGUUGCCACUGACUUGGAUGGAGAUGGCCGUCUGGAACUGCUGGUGUCUCAUGGUGAAAGUGCAGCACAACCACUUUCUAUUUACAAAGUCAACCUUGGAACCUCAAACUCAUGGCUGCGUGUGAUUCCUCGGACCAAGUUUGGUGCUUUUGCUAGAGGAGCUAAAGUGGUCGUGUACACAAAGAGAAGUGGACCGCACACACGCAUCAUCGAUGGAGGGUCGGGCUACCUCUGUGAGAUGGAGCCUGUUGCACAUUUUGGCCUAGGAAAAGACAUGGCCACAAAUGUGGAAGUGUACUGGCCAGAUGGCGUCUCAGUUGCCCGACCCUUGGAACCAUCAGAGAUCAAUUCUGUGCUGGAGAUCUACUAUCCAAGAGAUGAUUAUGAGGUCACUCCCACUGUGGAAAUAGAGUGUGGUCCUGGCUUUACACUGAAUGAAAAUGGGCGCUGCAUUGAUAAAGAUGAGUGUACCCAGUUCCCCUCUGUGUGUCCCUCUGAUCGCCCCGUGUGCACCAACACCUAUGGCAGCUUUAAAUGUCGUGCCAAGAGGAGAUGCAACCAGGGCUUUGAGCCCAAUGAUGAUGGGUCUGCAUGUGUGGCCCAGGUGGCUUACUUUGGGAAGACGCGGUCCUCUGCGGAAUGCACAUGGUCGGCUCUUUCUCUCUGGCUAUCACCCAUCAGCGUGCUUCCUCUCAUCUCCAACAAUAUCCAGAGUGGAUUACUGUAG